CAUAUCGUUGAACGCCAGCACAUCUCGCGAUAAACCCGGGGGAAACGCGAUAAUUCAGAGCUGCCCGCAAAGUUCCAUUCAACAGCAGCAGCAGCAGCGAUGGCCGCUUUCCGCAGAGUGGCAGCGCUGGCCGGGAAACUCAACCUCUGGUCGGGGGCGAGAAACGAGCUGGUCGCCGGUCACACGGUCCGUGCAGGGAGGACGCGGGGUCGCGUGGCUGUCGGGAUGUGUCUCGCAACCGGAGGCGCCGUGGCUCUUUACCUGUACAGCGAUAUGUGUAGCAGCAGAGGCAGGAGGAUGAGGAUGGAGAGGCACAGCAUCAACGAUUUACUGCCGUCCAUCCCGACCGUCGAGGCCAAAGACAAGUCACGUCCAUUUGACUUUGAGGAUGGAGACGUGUACAUGUCGUCCCAUGAGCAUCGCUUCCGCAUGUUCAGCUCUGUGGAGUACGACGGCCAGCUGUACAUGACGCCGCAGAACUUCAUCGAGUCUGUCACCAUGAGUGAACCACGGAACAAGAGGCCCUGGAGGUCCUUGACCAAACAGGAGCUGGAGAAGAUCCUGUCAGACACUCCACCAGUAUGGAGAGGAUCAUCCAAACUGUUCCGCAAUACGAGAGAUCGAGGAAUCAUAUCCUACACCGAGUACCUGUUUCUGCUCUGCAUCCUGACAAAGCCCCACGCUGGUUUCAAGAUUGCUUUCAAUAUGUUUGAUGCAGACGGCAACCAGAUGGUGGACAAGAGGGAGUUCUUGGUGCUUCAGGAGAUCUUCCGCAAGAAAAAUGAGAAGAGAGGAAGGAAAGGAGAUGCAGAAAAGUCAGCACAGUUGAGUAUGCAGCUGUAUGGAUAUCAGGUUGCUCCCAUGAACAGCGUGCUAAAAAAAGACAGUCAGGAGUUUGUGGCACGGAGUUACUGGGACGUUCUGAGGCGAAGUGCCAGUCAAGUCCUCUUUUCUGACCUGGCAGAGGAUUAUACCCUCGAGCGGACAGAUGAGACUAUUACGAUCGACACCACAUUACUGGUCCAUUUCUUUGGGAAGAAAGGGAAGGCAGAGCUCACCUUUGACGACUUCUACAGAUUUAUGGAUAACCUCCAGACAGAAGUGUUGGAAAUCGAGUUUCUAACCUACUCUAAAGGAAUGACCACCAUCAGUGAAGAAGACUUUGCCAAAAUCCUGCUGCGCUUCACCAACGUGGAGAACAUCAACGCCUACCUGGAGAAUGUCCGCCAUUGUAUACCUGAUGAGAAGGGAAUUACCUUUGAUGAGUUCAGAUCCUUCUUCCAGUUUCUCAACAACCUGGAGGACUUUGCCAUUGCCAUGCAGAUGUAUAAUUUUGCUUCUCGCUCCAUUGGACAAGAUGAAUUUGCAAGAGCUGUCUAUGUCGCUACUGGCCUGAAGUUGACACGUCACCUUGUCCACACCAUCUUCAAGAUAUUUGAUGUAGAUCACGACGAUCAGCUCUCUUACAAGGAGUUCAUCGGCAUCAUGAAGGACCGGCUGCACAGGGGAGCCAGGGUAAAGGGCCAGCACUACGCCUCUUUCUCCAGCUGCGUUCGUGCUGAGGCCAGAAGACAAGUGAACCACCUCUGGAGGAGGUACAAGGAGAAGUAGGAGAGGAGGAGGACACACCAAUGACACGAAGGAAGGAGAUUAAGCAUAAAAAGAGCCUGAUGACUGAGCUCUAACUUUUAUAGCAACUGUCUAUUUUCAACAUAAAAAAAAGGUGUACAAGCAUGACUACACCACAAACUGACUGAUGCUCUGUAUAUGCUGUAUGAUAAUAAUAAGCAACAUUCCCUCUCAUCUCAACCUUAUUAUUAUUUAUUCUAACUAUGAGUUACAGUGCAACGACUUCAGCUCAAUUGUCCAAGCAUGUCCAAGAUUAUUAUUACCAGCAUAUUUGCAAAUUCAUUGUUUAAGCAAUAUUAUAUGCAGUAAGUAUGAUUACGCAGCAGGCUGUAACUUUUAGGUUCUACCAAGUAAAUCUUCACUUAUUUAAUGAUGGAUGUGACCAAUUACUUAUGAACACUAUGUUCCUCUAAUUUGUUAAACACAUUUAAGAGCACAACAAUAAUGUAAUAACAUAUAUAUAUAUUUAUAUAUAACAUGAUGUUGUCAUCCAAAAUAUGGAUGGUACACAAAUAAAUAUGACACAAAAGUUUCAGAAUAAAAUCACUGUUUUAUCUUCCACUGAAUUUUGAUCCUCUCAGUCUUUUGCUUUACUUUUUAUAUAAUUUAUCUUUUAUUUAUCUAAUCUUAACAUUUCCAGGAAUCACUCUGUAGCUUUUUUUUUUUUUUACACCCAAAAGUAAAAGAACCACAAAACCUGUUCUAUAAUCAGGCUACACUAUAAAUAAUAUGUGUGAUUUGAAUGACAAGACCUCUAAUAUUGCAAUAUGUUAAAAAAUUCUAUUAUAAUUACAUCUGCCAAGGAGGUCAUGUUUUGCCCAUCUUUUGUUUUUCUUGUUUGUUUGUGAGCAGCAAAAUUAAGGACGGGUUUUUAGGACAUUUUCUGGGUGUGUAGGUAAUGGCCCAAGGAAGACGUUAUUUUCUUUUAUUGGUUAUCUAAAUAUUGAUCAACUUUUGAGUGUAUUGACACAGAGGGAAACUUGGUUAAUGUGGAAAUCCCUUGGUUUAUCACAAAUAUAGAGUAUAUUCUUUGUUUUGGGGAAAAUGUAAUCUAAAUAAAAAUGUAUCUAAUA